AGCGGCGGCAACAGCGACGACGGUGGAGGAGGAGGAGGUGGUGGUGGCGGCGCUCGCGCAGUGAACGGCGACUCUAGCGGAAACGGGGACGUCGAUCGGCGCGUACGCGAGCGAGCACUGGCCGCCACUGGGAUUUUUGUUUAUCGCGCACGAGUGGCGCGCGAUGCCGUCGCGUUCGUCGGCCGACGAGGAGCACCACGAGGAUGACGAGGAGGAGGAGUGAGAUCGCACAGCCGGGCAGAUUCCUCUCGUGAGCCCUCGCUCUCGGUGAGGUCUACUCGAAGCGAGGAGGAACGAUGGGAAGUCGCGCACUCGAAGACGCGCCGUCGUGGAAGCCGGGACUUGGCGACACGUAAAACGCGGAAGCGGCGCGCGUACCGUGCCUGCAACUGAGCCAAUCGAGGGCGAUAAGGGGAUCGCGCGUAUCCGACGAUAUACGCAGCGCGGGAGGCACAGGAAGGAAAAGUCGGUCUCUCGCUUACUCGGACGGCCGAUACUCUAUUCCGGGUACGACGGGGGUGAUCGCGCGAUAUGCCCGCCCUCCGUAUCGCCUUCUCCGGCGAUUCGCUCGGUUCUACGUUGCUGCGUUGGCGCGGAUGGCGGUUCUUCGCCGACGAGGAUAGCCCGGAUCGGGGCUGGAGUUUCGGUGAGGAGCUCGCGGACCACGGAGAGACGCGUGCCGACGCUCGACGCUCGGGCUCUUCGGUGUGAGACCCCCACAGUCCAAGAACGCGUCGUGCUCCACCGGGAGAUGAUGACAACGUCACCGAUCGGCCAGUGAUCGCUCGAACACCGCGACAAUGCCGCUGCCGAACAUUCUGAGGAAGGCGAGCAGCUACAUCCUCGGCGACUGCGGCCAGGACAACCGGCGCGUCAUCUACCAGGACGGCGAGGCGUUGUUCUGCAAAAACAACGUAUGCGUGCACCCGCCGACGCUGAUGCGGCAGCACGCCGACGUGGUGCACCAUCCGGGCUACAUGACUAUCACGUGCAAGCUGAACAAGAACUCGAACUUGCCGACCCUGCACCUCAGCUGGAUACCCAACAGCACGCUGCGCAAGCACCCCACCACGUUGGAGAGCCUGAGCGCGAGGAACGUCGCGGCCGCUCAGCGGGACUCCGCCGAGCCGGCUUCCCCUCGCUCGCCCCGCUCCGAGAAGACGUGCGGCUCGCUGAACGCGAGGCACGAACUCGAGAACGAGAACGAGAAUGAGAACGAGAACGAGAACGGGAACGGCAAGCUGGACGUGUGCCUGGAGGCGAAGGAGCCCGUCAGCUGCGGCGACUGCGAGCGCGUCUGCUCCGGCUCGGGGUACGGCUACGACUUCCUGCGCCGUCGAGACCCGGCCAGCCAGGCCGGCGACGGCGACAGCCUCGGCGAGGCCGAGAAUCGCCCGGGCUCGGGGGAGUCGCGGAACGACGAAAACGGGGAUGUGAAGGAACGGGGCAACGACGCCGACGCCAGGAGCAUCGACGAGGAGGCGCGUCUCUCGUUCCGCGACGACGUCAGUGUCAAGAGCCGCAGUCUGUCGUUGACAUCGACCUGUAGUCUCUCGCUCACGGUACCUACCGACGCCGAGGAGAUGCCCACGUGGAUGAGGUCUCCGGAGUUACUCGCCCUGCAACACAAUCUUGCCUUUCCCGAGAGCGCGACCGCAUCGCCGGUGACACUGCGGCGAGCUCAUCGCUGCAGGAGGUUCUCGGUGGACCUGAGCGAGAUGCGAUCCCUUAGAUUGUUCUUCGCCGACCCCGCCUGCACCUGCGGCCAAUUGGUAGUGGCGAGCAGAGAGAGUCAAUACAAGAUUCUACAUUUCCACCACGGUGGUUUGGACCGACUGGCCACCACUCUGCACCAGUGGCACCAGUUGCUCUACCCGCGUUUGAACGCGGACACGGAAGAGAGCCUGCCGUACAGGCACUUCAUGGUCUGCAGACCGGAAGUAAGCCGGGACGAAUUGCACCCGGAGGAAGGUCAAGUGCCGAUGAUCACGUCGCUGGCCUGGAAAGACUUGCUGAACGAACGAGGCCAGGUGGAAGACGACCUCGCCCUUCGCAAGGGGAUAUUCUUCGGCGGCUUGGAGCCGGCACUGCGGAAGAUCGUCUGGCCGUUUCUGCUGCACUGCUACUCGUAUCAGAGCACGUACGAGGACAGAGAGCAGAUCGACGCCAUCAGGCGGCAGGAGUACGACGAGAUACAGAAACGCAGGUUGAACAUGAACCCGGAGCAGGCCGAGCGUUUCUGGCGGAACGUCGUGUGCAUAGUGGAGAAGGACGUCGUCCGUACAGACCGAGCUAAUCCGUACUACGCCGGCGAGGGUAAUCCCCACAUCGAGGUGAUGAAGUAA